AUGUCUUCAAAAGAACAAAUUUGUAAAAAUUGUGAUUGUAAAGGAACUUGUACUUGCGAAUGUGGAACGACUUGUAAAUGUGUAGAAAAUUGUACUUGUGGAAAAUCAAAUAAAGAAACAACCACUUCUACUAAACCAGGAAUCAAAGAAACUGAACAUGGUCAAUCUUCUGGCAAACCCAAAGCAUGCGGUAAUGAAGCGUGUACUUGUAGCGAUUGUAAAUGUAAACCAUCAGAAUGUACUUGCGGCAAGAAAUGA